CGGAGAGCGCGACCGGAUCCAUCCCGGUGCUCCCGGAGAGCCCGAACUGAUCCACCCCUGGGAUCUCCAUCGGAUCAUUCCCCGACAUCCCGACCGGACCCUUCCCGGCGCUCCCGGAGCCCCUGAACCGACUGAUCCCAGAGAACCCCAACGGAUCCAUCCCGGGAAGCCCGACCGGACCCUUCCCGGUGCUCCCGGGGAGUCUGAACUGAUCCAUCCCGGGAAGCCCGACCGGACCCUUCCCGGUGCUCGCGGAGCUCCCGAACCGACCCCGUGCCCCGGACCCAUCCCAGAGCCCCCGAGCCGAGCGAUCCCAGCGAUCCCCGCCGGCUCCAUCCCGGCGCUCCCAGCGAUCCCGGCCCAUCCCGGCGCUCCCGCGGGACCGAGCCCACCCGGGGCCGGGGGUCCCCCCGGGAUGACGAACCCCGCGCUGCUGCCGCUGCUCCUGAGCACCCUCGGGGCCAUCGCAGGGCCGUGGGGCUCCUCCUUCGAGCUGUGGACGGAGCCGGAGGUGCUGGUGGUGGAGCACGGGGGGUCCCUGCGGCUGACGCUGAGGGCGACCUGCAACGACUCGGCGGGCUCGGGGGGGAUGGAAACGGCCAACAGGAAGAAAACGCGGCCGGUGAAGCCGGGAGAGGUGGAGCUGGAGCUGCUCAACGUCACCGAGGGGAAGCCCGUGCAGGUUUAUUACACGUGCGACGGGAAGAGGGAGAAGAGGGACGUGCAGCUCAUCGUCUACCAUGUCCCCGAGCGGCCGGAGCUGGCCGAGGUGCCCCCGCUGGCCGCGGGGCAGGCGUGGGAGCUGCGCUGUGCCGUGGCCGGGGCCGCGCCCGUGCGGAACCUGACGGUGAGGCUGCGGCGCGGCCGCCGCGUCCUGAGCGCCCGGAGCUUCGGGGGGGCCGGGGCCGGGCCCGGGAGGGUGCAGGUGAGCCUCGGGGGGACGGCGGCGGCCCAGGACGACGGGCAGAACGUCACCUGCGAGGCGCAGCUCGACCUGUCGCCCUUCGGCCCCAACAUCAGCGUCACCUCCGAGCCCCGCACGCUGCGGGUCUGUGACGUCCCCAAGCCGGCGCUGAACGUCUCCAGCACCACCCCGGCCGCGGGCUCGGCGCUCGCCGGGCGCUGCUCGGUGCCCCCCGACGCCUGCACCGACUUCCAGGUGCGGAUCCUCCUCGGGAGCCGCGUCCUGGAGGGGUGGGGACCGUCCCCGCGGGACUUCGCCGUGACGGUGGGCGAGGAACACGACGGGAGGGAGCUGAGCUGCGAGGCCGAGCCCGCCCGGCCCCCCGCGGCCCCCCGGCCCCCCCGGAGGAGCGAUCCCACCCGCAUCGCCGUCCACGCCCCGGCCCGCCUGGACGACGGGGGCUGCCCCGGGCAGCAGAACUGGACCGAGGGGCGGGAGGAGACCCUGCGGUGCCGGGCACGGGGCAACCCCCGGCCCGACGUGAGCUGUGCCAGGGACGACGGGCGGAGAUUCCCGCCUGGAAUUCCGCGUCCCGUCACCCGGGGGGACGCCGGGACCUACCGCUGCCGGGCCCGAAACAGCCUGGGUGAGGACGAGAGGAGCGUCACCGUCCACGUCCACUACCAGGACCACAACGUGCUGGUGCCGGUGCUGCUGGGGGUGCUGGGGGUGCUGGGGGUCUCCGGCCUGGCCCUGGGGGGCCACAGGAUCUACCACAGGCAGACGAAGAUCGGGAAGUACCGGCUGCAGGAGCAGCAGGAGCGGCGGCGGCGGCAGAUGGAGCUGGGGCGGGCGGGACCCCCGGGCUGCUCCGGGGAGGUGGCCGCGCUCAACGGCUCCGCUCCCGACGCUCCCGGGGCUCCGUAGGCGGGAGGAGGAGGCGGCGGAGGGGCCGGAACCCCCCCUGCCCACCCCGGGACGGGGACGGGGA